UAAGCGUUCCCACAACACGGCAGCAGCGUCCGCUCUGGUGGCUCUGAUACACCCGGUACCGAGGGUGCCCCCCCCCCCUUUCGGAAGAGUCGAGGGGCUUAGCUCGGCCGGCUGCCGGGCGGGCGGUGCGAGGUGUGGGACUCGCCUUGACAUUGGCACUCGCUCGCCUCACCUCGCCUUCCCACCAGCGGCUCCAUACCAAGAGUCUGCCUCUGCCAGCCUGCCCGCCAUGCGUUCCGCCACGCGGACCGCCGCAGCAGCAGCCGACGCGCGCAUCCUCGGCCCGCUUCUGAUCAUCCUCUCUCUCACGCUGCAAGCGGGCUGGAACUCGGCGCCUGCGAAACUCGGGUAGGCCAUCCCGCUGUACACGUAUGCACUGCAGGCGAGAUGUUGCCUGCCUACCAGGCGCUAUGAGAGCUGUGCGCCGGCUUGCAUGCAUUUAUAAGCUGAACUUGGCAGCACCCGGAGCCCGCGGCGCCUGCCCGGACAUCAUCCCCCGCCGUCGCUGGGGGGCGGCGUCCUCCGAGCGCGUGGACUACAUCCCCUUCCCGGUGCGUGACGUGAUCGUGGGCCACACGGUGGGCGGGAGCUGCGCCUCCGAGGAGGCGUGCGCCCAGGAGGCCGUCAGCAUCCAGAAGCAGCACAAGGCCCUCGGCUGGGGCGACAUCGGCUACGGGUUCCUCAUCGGCGGCGACGGCCUCAUCUUUGAGGGCCAGGGCUGGCACAAGGAGGGCGCGCACACUUACGGCUACAACAAGAAGUCCAUCGGCGUCGCUUUCAUGGGUGACUUUUCAGAGCGGCGCGCGUCCACGGCGCAGCUGAAGGCGCUGCGGGCGCUGCUGCGCUGCGGCGUGGAGCUGGGCGAGCUCUCCGAGGACGUGCGUCUGUACGGCCAGCGGCAGGUGCAGCAGACCGAGAGCCCCGGCCGCGAGUUGUACAAGCAGAUCAAGGAGCUCCCCGAGUGGGUGGCGGCGCCCUGAGCCUGAGGCGCUCGCUGAGGUGACGGCACCCUGAAGGCGCAGGGGAUAUCGUGUGUGUAAAUUCAAUGAUUUGGAAAAUUUUCUCUUAUUUCUGGAAACACUUAUAUUUGUAUGUCGUCUUUUCUAUAUUUUUACCCUUUUGCAACAGAAUAGGAACAACAAAGUAAACAUA